UGCGUGACACUCGAUUCAGUAUCGCUGGAGAUUCCUCGAAAUCCACCUGUAUUUUCGCGUGUGAGGGUUACUUUCUUUAGUGUUGUGUAUUAUACAGUGUAAAUACCAGUAGUAGUGUGUAUGUGUGAGUGUUAAUUGACAGAUAUUGCAAGUUUUCGUCUUGUCGCGACGUGUUUUUGCGCGACCAGUUUAAGCAGAGCUACCUCGCCCUCUUCUUCAGUUCACUGGCGGCGUGCGAGGGGAAUUACUGAACUCGCACAGACAUGCAGAGAUGAUGCUGAGAGACCUAUCCUCGCUGAUCAUCAGACACACUGUAGUGUCCCGGCGGCAUCUCACGCCGGAGCUGGCGCUGCGUCUGAUCACUCCCGCAUGCCCGCUUUGGACCGCCAGGGAAGAUGAGUCGCCCUUCAAGGACCCCUUCUGGGCGUUCUACUGGCCCGGGGGACAGGCCACGGCAAGGUACAUUUUGGACAAUGGAGAUCUCAUAAAAGAUCGCAAAGUUCUAGACGUUGGCUGCGGUUGCGGCGCGGGGUCUAUCGCGGCAAUAAGAAUGAAAGCAAAAUAUGUACUGGCGAAUGACAUUGAUCCUUAUGCCAUCGCAGCUACUAAUAUAAAUGGAAAAAUAAAUGAAGUUAAUAUUGAAACGAAUAUGGACAAUUUAAUAGGCACUAAAUGUACUGAAUUUGAUACAAUAUUAAUAGGCGAUAUGUUUUAUAAUGAAGAAUUCGCUGGCAUUUUGUUCCAUUGGCUUGAACAGCUUAGGGCAAGCGGUAAAACUGUUUUGAUCGGCGACCCAGGCCGGCACGGUUUGACGCAUGCGCGUCGCGACAGACUGCAACUAUUGGCCAAAUACGACUUACCCAAGGAAAGCUGUGAUGAGAACAACGGCUUUACAGAUACUACGCUAUGGAUGCUUAAUAAAUGAUAUCUAUUAUA